AUGAGCCGACCCCCGACGACUGGGAAGAUGCCCGGCGCCCCCGAGGCCGUGUCGGGGGACGGCGCGGGCGCGAGCCGCCAGAGGAAGCUGGAGGCGCUGAUCCGAGACCCUCGCUCGCCCAUCAACGUGGAGAGCUUGCUGGAUGGCUUAAAUUCUUUGGUCCUUGAUUUGGAUUUUCCUGCUUUGAGGAAAAACAAAAAUAUAGAUAAUUUCUUAAAUAGAUAUGAGAAAAUUGUGAAAAAGAUUAGAGGUUUACAGAUGAAGGCAGAAGACUACGAUGUUGUAAAAGUUAUCGGAAGAGGUGCUUUUGGUGAAGUCCAGUUGGUUCGUCAUAAGGCAUCACAGAAAGUUUACGCUAUGAAGCUUCUUAGUAAGUUUGAAAUGAUAAAAAGAUCAGAUUCUGCUUUUUUCUGGGAGGAAAGAGAUAUUAUGGCCUUUGCCAACAGUCCCUGGGUGGUUCAGCUCUUUUGUGCCUUUCAAGAUGAUAAGUAUCUGUACAUGGUAAUGGAGUACAUGCCUGGUGGAGACCUUGUAAACCUUAUGAGUAACUAUGAUGUACCUGAAAAAUGGGCCAAAUUUUAUACUGCUGAAGUUGUUCUUGCUUUGGAUGCCAUACACUCCAUGGGUUUAAUUCACAGAGAUGUGAAGCCUGACAACAUGCUCUUGGAUAAACAUGGACAUCUAAAAUUAGCAGAUUUUGGCACAUGUAUGAAGAUGGAUGAAACAGGCAUGGUGCACUGUGAUACAGCAGUUGGAACACCUGAUUAUAUAUCACCUGAGGUCCUGAAAUCACAAGGGGGUGAUGGUUAUUAUGGGCGAGAAUGUGAUUGGUGGUCCGUGGGUGUUUUCCUUUUUGAGAUGCUGGUGGGGGAUACUCCAUUUUAUGCAGAUUCACUUGUAGGAACAUACAGCAAAAUUAUGGAUCAUAAAAACUCACUGUGUUUCCCUGAAGAUGCAGAAAUUUCUAAACAUGCGAAGAAUCUCAUCUGUGCCUUCUUAACGGAUAGGGAGGUACGCCUUGGAAGAAAUGGGGUCGAAGAAAUCAAACAACAUCCUUUCUUUAAGAAUGAUCAGUGGAAUUGGGAUAACAUAAGAGAGACUGCAGCUCCUGUGGUACCUGAACUCAGCAGUGACAUAGACAGCAGCAAUUUUGAUGACAUUGAAGAUGAUAAAGGAGAUGUAGAAACCUUCCCAAUUCCUAAGGCUUUUGUGGGAAAUCAGCUACCUUUUAUAGGAUUUACCUACUACAGAGAAAAUUUGUUACUAAGUGACUCUCCAUCUUGUAAAGAAAAUGACUCAAUACAAUCAAGGAAGAAUGAAGAGAGUCAAGAGAUUCAGAAAAAACUGUACACAUUAGAAGAACACCUUAGCACUGAGAUACAAGCCAAAGAGGAACUAGAACAGAAGUGCAAAUCUGUUAAUACUCGCCUAGAGAAAGUGGCAAAGGAACUAGAAGAAGAGAUUACCUUAAGGAAAAAUGUGGAAUCAACAUUAAGACAAUUAGAAAGAGAAAAGGCACUUCUUCAGCACAAAAAUGCAGAAUAUCAGCGGAAAGCUGAUCAUGAAGCAGACAAGAAGCGAAAUUUGGAGAAUGAUGUUAACAGUUUAAAAGAUCAGCUUGAAGACUUGAAAAAAAGAAAUCAGAACUCUCAGAUAUCCACUGAGAAAGUGAAUCAACUCCAGAGACAACUGGAUGAAACCAAUGCUUUGCUGCGAACAGAAUCUGAUACUGCAGCCCGGUUAAGGAAAACACAGGCAGAGAGUUCAAAACAGAUUCAGCAACUGGAAUCUAACAACAGAGAUCUACAAGACAAAAAUUGCCUCCUGGAGACUGCCAGGUUAAAACUUGAAAAGGAAUUUAUCAAUCUUCAGUCAGUUCUAGAAUCUGAGAGGAGGGACCGAACCCAUGGAUCAGAGAUUAUUAAUGAUUUACAAGGUAGAAUAUCUGGCCUAGAAGAAGAUGUAAAGAAUGGUAAAAUCUUAUUAGCAAAAGUAGAGCUGGAGAAGAGACAACUACAGGAGAGAUUUACUGAUUUGGAAAAGGAAAAGAACAACAUGGAAAUAGAUAUGACAUACCAACUAAAAGUUAUACAGCAAAGUUUAGAACAAGAAGAAACUGAACAUAAGGCUACAAAAGCACGGCUUGCAGAUAAAAACAAGAUUUAUGAAUCCAUUGAAGAAGCUAAAUCAGAAGCCAUGAAAGAAAUGGAGAAAAAGCUCUCGGAGGAAAGAACUUUAAAACAAAAAGUAGAGAACUUGUUGCUGGAGGCUGAGAAAAGAUGCUCUAUAUUAGACUGUGACCUCAAACAGUCACAGCAGAAAAUAAAUGAACUCCUCAAACAGAAAGAUGUGCUAAAUGAGGAUGUUAGAAACUUGACAUUAAAAAUAGAACAGGAAACUCAGAAGCGCUGCCUUACACAAAAUGACUUGAAGAUGCAAACACAGCAAGUUAACACACUAAAAAUGUCAGAAAAGCAGUUAAAGCAAGAGAAUAAUCAUCUCCUAGAAAUGAAAAUGAGCUUGGAAAAACAGAAUGCUGAACUUCGAAAAGAACGUCAAGAUGCAGAUGGACAAAUGAAAGAGCUCCAGGAUCAGCUUGAAGCAGAACAGUAUUUCUCAACCCUCUAUAAAACACAGGUUAGGGAACUUAAGGAAGAAUGUGAAGAAAAGACCAAACUUUGUAAAGAAUUACAGCAGAAGAAACAGGAAUUACAGGAUGAAAGGGAUUCCUUAGCUGCUCAACUGGAGAUUACCUUAACCAAAGCAGAUUCUGAGCAACUGGCUCGUUCAAUUGCUGAGGAGCAGUAUUCUGAUUUGGAAAAAGAAAAGAUCAUGAAAGAGCUGGAGAUCAAAGAGAUGAUGGCUCGGCACAAACAGGAACUCACUGAAAAAGAUGCUACUAUUGCGUCUCUUGAGGAAACUAAUAGGACACUAACUAGUGAUGUUGCCAAUCUUGCAAAUGAGAAAGAAGAAUUAAAUAACAAAUUGAAAGAAGCCCAAGAGCAACUAUCAAGGUUGAAAGAUGAAGAAAUAAGUGCAGCAGCUAUUAAAGCACAAUUUGAGAAGCAGCUGUUAACAGAGAGGACACUUAAAACUCAAGCUGUGAAUAAGUUGGCUGAGAUCAUGAAUCGAAAGGAACCUGUUAAGCGUGGUAAUGACACAGAUGUGCGGAGAAAAGAAAAGGAGAAUAGAAAGCUACAUAUGGAACUUAAAUCUGAACGUGAAAAACUGACCCAGCAGAUGAUCAAGUAUCAGAAAGAACUGAAUGAAAUGCAGGCUCAAAUAGCUGAAGAGAGUCAGAUUCGAAUUGAACUACAGAUGACACUGGACAGUAAGGACAGUGACAUUGAGCAGCUGCGCUCCCAGCUCCAGGCCUUGCACAUUGGUUUGGAUAGUUCCAGUAUAGGCAGUGGACCAGGGGAUACUGAAGCUGAUGAUGGGUUUCCAGUUCAUAUCACUCAGUCACACACUAUGGAAUCCAUGUCAUUCACCUACCAACGUUCCUCCACUUCUCUCAAUAUUGCCACUAAGCCUUCCAGUUCUCAUAUGCUUCUUGACUCUGACUCUGACUCAGAAGAAGAAUCUGUUCCUUACUUACCUAUUUCAUCGGAACCUAAUGGUACAGAAUCAAGACUAGAAGGAUGGCUUUCAUUGCCUGUGAGAAACAACACUAAGAAAUUUGGAUGGGUUAAAAAGUAUGUGAUUGUAAGCAGUAAGAAGAUCCUUUUCUAUGACAGUGAACAAGAUAAAGAACAAUCUAAUCCUUACAUGGUUUUAGAUAUAGACAAGUUAUUUCAUGUCCGACCAGUUACACAGACAGAUGUAUAUAGAGCAGAUGCUAAAGAAAUUCCAAGGAUAUUCCAGAUUCUGUAUGCCAAUGAAGGAGAAAGUAAGAAGGAACAAGAAUUUCCAGUGGAGCCAGUGGGAGAAAAAUCAAAUUAUAUUUGCCACAAGGGACAUGAAUUUAUUCCUACUCUCUAUCAUUUCCCAACCAACUGUGAGGCGUGUAUGAAGCCAUUGUGGCACAUGUUUAAACCCCCUCCUGCUUUAGAGUGCCGUCGCUGUCAUAUUAAAUGUCAUAAAGAUCACAUGGACAAAAAGGAGGAAAUCAUAGCACCUUGCAAAGUGUAUUAUGAUAUUUCAUCGGCAAAGAAUCUAUUGUUAUUAGCAAAUUCUACAGAAGAGCAGCAAAAGUGGGUGAGUCGGUUAGUGAAAAAGAUACCUAAAAAGCCUCCAGCUCCAGACCCUUUUGCACGGUCAUCUCCUAGAACGUCAAUGAAAAUACAACAAAACCAGUCUAUUCGACGGCCAAGUCGACAGCUUGCCCCAAACAAACCAAGAUUGCUUGAUUUGGCAUUUAAAGACUGGGAUUGGUCAUUUGAUGAUGUUGAUGGUGGUGAUGAUGAUGACGAUGUUUUUGAUUUCUGAAGAAGUUAAAUGGGCUAACUGCCUUCUGUGAAUGCAGUCAUUAUUCAAGGUGAUCAUAUUCUUCCAGUUGAAACAAGACUGAAAUAUGAUGGCCCAAAAUUUAUUAAAAAGUUAUAUUUUCCUGAGAGACUAAUACACAUAUAUAUUCCCUCUAUUCCUGCAAUAUAAAUUCUAAAUCUUCGAUAGGUUUUCUGGGCUCCUUUGGAGCAACAAGUUGAACCAACAGUGAUUGGUUAAUAGAAUAAGAAUAUCAUGUGCAACUCUUUCAGACUUGUUCCAUAAAGCUCUCCUAGCAUCAUUCACACUACAUUGCAUAAAGAAUUUAGAAGAGUUACAGAAAUCAUCUUUUCCACUUCAACAGAGAGAUUUCACCAGCACAUUUGCCAGAAGAAUCUGGGAAUGGAUUCCACUACAGUGAUAGAGACUGCGUCUUUAAGAAGUGACCAUUGUAUUGUGUGUGUGAACACACACACACACACAUACAUAAACACACACACAAAUAGUACUGUAAUACUGCAAGAGGGUUUUUUAACUUCCCACUUUAUUUUUUUAUAAACAUUAAUCAGAUAUCAUUACUUACUGCAUUUGCAACUAUGCACUUGUAUAAAGCCAUAAUGUUGGAGUUUAUAUUACUCAUUGUGUGUACCUGCUGGAAGCUGCAUGUUCAUGUUUAAGCAAUUAUUGCAACAAGUUUGAAGUUAAUUAUAUCAGUUUCUUAAUGCUUUGUAAUAGGCAACUUUACCCAGUUUGAAUGCCUUAAUUUAAUUUUUUUCAAGAUAUCCACCCUUUCCUGUAUUUAAAACAAACAAAAAAAAGUAUUUACCAGCUCUUAGGAUGCAAAUUUGCUUUGCAGAAGAAAAUUAGUGCACUAUUUUUACACAUAGUAGUUAUCAUUGUCAGCCUAUUUUGAUUGUAUAACAGAAUUUUGUUUAAGUAUUGGUGAUAGAAACAGUAAUGGGUAGUAUUGGAACUAAUACAUCUUUUAUGUAUAUCUAUUACUUAUCCGACCCCUUUUACAGACCUCAGUAUUAGUGUGUGACUAUGAAACAUUUUCUUUGCUUUUAAUUUGCUGGCUACCCUAGGUGUGUUUUUAUUUCUGAUAAAGACAUUUGUGACUUUUUACAUUUUCACACUCAAGAUUCAAAAAAUUAUCUCAAAUACAAAUAAAACUAAGACAUACUGUAGAUAUAUUUUAAGUAUUUAAGUGUGAUCCCGUAAACACAUGACUGUGUAUGGCAGCAUUUCAUUAUUGUGGCUGGGAAGCAGUGGCCUCAAAGGCACUUAAUUUUUAUUUUUUUAAAUGUUAUUCAAGUUACAUACAGUUUAUGCAGGACCAUUCCUGCUUUAUUUCUCAUUAUCCCAGAAAAGUAUGUGUUUUAUACUGCUACAGUAUACAUCAGUGAUAAGAAUCAAGUAAAGAAAAAUUCUGUGAUCUUCUCUCAGCCUCUCUGUGUAUAUACAUGUACAUAGAGUUUGGCAUGAUACUGAGAUACAUCAUCCAAUAUUUCUAUGAAGGAAGUAGACAUUUUUCAUUGAUUCCUUCUGGGGUCAGUGUUGAAGUGUUUAAAGAGUUAGAUCCCCAAUUAUAGAUACUAUUGUGGAAAUUGAAGAGUGGCCUUUGGCUGCUGAUGUACUGAAACUGAAUCUUCUUAUUACAUCAUCCAGGCUGCACUCUUCCAUGCUGUCUGUGCUAAAACUAGAUAUGCAUGCCAUUUCCCUUGCAGGUAUGUUCUGGUUCGGGGGCACAGCUCUUUUUUUUAAGUAAGAUUAAAAAAUGAAAAAUAUAUAAAAUUUAUAUAGAAUAAAUAUUUCCAUUCAUUAGACUUGUUAAAAGGAGACUGAAUUAAUAUUUUAUAUAGAGAUUUUGUUACACUAUGGGAGGUUCUAUCAUAUUAUUCUGAAUUGGAGAGUAUAUAUAUAUAUUUUUAAUAAACUUUAUUAAGGUGAAAUAAUUUGAAGUUUACACAUGAGUAAUUGAAAUAUUUGAGUAAAAAUGGCAAAAGUUUAAAUUUUGAAUGCUGUAUAUAUAUUAGAGAAUAUGGAGAAUCAUGGUGUGAUGCAACUAUACAAGGAAAAUUAAUGUGAAGUUUUUUGGGGGGCAAAGAGAUCCUAAGGGGCAAAAAAAAAAAUCUUUCCAUGAGGAUUCUUCACAUUAUAUGGUUUGACAUAAGGAUUUAUAGGUCGUUUGUCCAGCCAAUGGAAAUGUGCUUAAUAAAAAAUUCUGACCUUGGGUAAGAAUUUGCUUUAUACCCUGUUGCUGGUUUCAUGUACAUACAAGUGCAUGCCCCCAUCCAAAAUGUUUUCUUCCCAACACUCAUUAAAUGUGACAUUGACUUGGUCUAACAACCUGCUUUUGUGCCAGCUUCUUUUUCUUGAGGCUCCAAAACCUCCAAGAUAAAGUUAAGACCAAAAGUUACUUGUUUCCUCACACCUGAUUUCUCCUAGAGCCACAAAUACCUCCUUUUGAGAACUAAGAAGUAGUGAAUACUGGGAUUUUCUUAGUUGGGUUGUUUUUUGUUUUUUGUUUUUUUUUACUUUUGUGGGAAUACUGAGGCAAAGCAGAAGGAAAACUGGUGCCAGGGUUACUGCUGAGGAUGACUGUCUAGUGCAUGUUGAAAGUAUUAAUAAAAAAGAAAUGCUAUCUAGAAGCAAACUUAAAAAAAAAUAAGUUUAAAAUGCUCUGGAGCUAACUAAAGGAUAAGUAUACCAAUAAAUCUAAAAUAAAGGUGAGUGUUUUUAAGAUUAACCUGUGCUAGAGUUAGACGAUUCUGGCUGUGAACGCUCUCCUUUAUCCCAGUUUAUCUGUAGAUCCUCAAGAAAAAAUACUCUAGGUUGCCAAACCACAAUUUGAGAACUUAUGCUGCUGCUGUUAAUCUAUUACAGGAUUUGGUUUGGUAAAAUAGAGAAACUGGACACUAUAUUACCUUAUGGAAACAUGUUUCAAAUAACAUGUUUUAAAAAUCCAAUGAGAACAAGUCACUUCUGAGUUUCUUGAUCUCUGUUGACACUGCUACUGACUCACCUCUCCUCCCCUGGAAUAAGAUGUCAGUUUCCCUAUAUUGUGAAGAUACCAUGGUUGGUUUGUAAAGCACUUUGAAGAAUAAGCACUGUCUGACAGUGCUAGAUACUAUGUUUAGGGGGUUCUCUCCUUGAUUCCCUUCCCCAUAAUAAUGAGUUUUGUUUGGGGUUGUAGUAAGUUAUGAACUGCAUGGUUUAGAUAAUCAUAAAUAUUUGAUCAGCUGUCCCCUUGAACAAAAAUCAUGGUGCCCCCCAAUUUUUUUUAAAUUUUGUUGCAUCUUUGUAGUAAUGUAAUUGUAUUUUAUGCCUGCUUUUUAUAUUAAAAAUUAAAUAAAAGAAAUUAAGACAUAA